AUGGCUUGGGUCACUAAGAGCGAACGGUUCAACUGGGAGAAGGAAACCGAGGAGAAGGAGCAGCCCUGUCCGGGGCCAUAUCCUCUGCCGUCUUCCUUCAAGGAGGAGAAGCGGCCUUGCUAUGCGCCCUUCAAUUCUGGCAGCAAUGGCCAGGUGGGCACCUCUACCAUCAUGACUUCAGAUGAGAGAGGACAGCGUGUGAACGUCGCCAACCUCUCCAGACUAGUGGAGGUGAUCGCGGACCUCGGCCACAAGGGCUACAAGGUCGUGCUGAUCUCCUCAGGGGCCGUGGGCAUGGGCUGCCGCGAGCUUGGACUCAAAAAGAAGCCCACGGAUCCGGAGAUGAAGCGAGCAGUGGCAGGUGUGGGACAGAGCCGCAUCAUGCGCCUCUACUCAGAGCUUUUUGAGACAGUGGGGCUCAGAAUAGCGCAGCUGUUGGUCAGCCAGCGAGACUUCUUGGAACAGCAGCGCUGGGCAGAGAUCCGGGACACGAUCUCGGCAUGCCUUGACGCAGGUGUCGUUCCCAUCAUCAACGAAAACGACACUACCAACACCGAUGGUGUUCGCUUUGGCGACAACGACAAUCUUGCUGCUUUGACCGCCAUCCAGCUGGAAGCUGAGGGUGUGUUCCUCUUCACGGAUGUUGACUACCUCUACACCGCGAACCCCAAUGUUGAUCCCUCGGCGGAGCCCAUGAAAGUGGUGAAUGAAGCCUUCGAGCUGAACGUCGACACCAGAGAACCAGGCUCCUCCCUUGGAACUGGUGGCAUGUCAACGAAGAUCGCGGCCGCUCGCACAGCCCACUGCGCCGGAGUCCCCUGCGGCAUCCUGCACGGGAAGCACCCGGAGCGCAUCUACAGCUUCUUGACCCGGCUCGAUGAGGAUACGGACACCAAGACGAUGACCCCGUCUGCCAGUGAGUGCCUUAGCGAGACUGAGACGGAGACGGAGCCUGCUGGGACGCUCUUUGCGGCCCGCUUCGGCGAGCAGGUGACCGACAAGGAGCGGUGGAUCCUGAGUUUGCCGGUGGUGGGGGAGGUGGAGCUCCCCCAGUCCUGCGCGCCUUCCGCCGCGCGCGGUGGCCUGCGUGCGGCUGUUUUGGCUGCCACGGCGCAGAAGUUGGAGGACAUGAAGAGCUUGUCCGGCACGGGCCACGACGGGGGCGUGCGGAUCUUCAGCCACAAGGUGGAGAUCGCCCGGGUGAGGGUCAGCUUCAACGAGGCGGGCUGCUGCCUGCCGGGCCAGGGCUUCGCGGGCGUGGUGCUGACGCCCGCGGCGGAGAGCUAG